CAUUUCACUGCCAAGUUUUCAAGGGUUCUUCUUUCGCUCAUAUCAAUUUAUACUUUUACUAUGUUUCUACUUAGCUAGCCUCUCAUAUUUUCAAGCCACUUUAUUCGAAGCUUCAAUAUUGUACAUAUUUGCCACUUGGAUUUGCAAGUUUUCCCAUUUGGAUUUUAAUUAAGUAAUCCAUUACCUUGAUUGUUGUACCAAUUAAAAUAAUAUUUGGUAUUAUUAAGCAUAAGAUAAUGUAUUAAUUUUCCAAAUCAAUAUUUCACCACAUAUUUCGUCUUAUUUUAAAAAAUGCUUAUCUUGUUUUUUGGAUAUAUAACAUAUGUUAGACAUUAAAUUUUGAUGCAAUGAUAGAUCUGAUAUUUUACUUGAAUAUUUUGCUUAAUUUUAACUGGUACGCCCAAUCUACAGCAAAUUAAAAGGAGGACAAUCGAGCGUUGAACAAAGAUCCUUCGCCACCAUGGAGGUUAUUAGCAAUGGAAAGCAGGAGGAGGGGACUUCAAAAGAUCCUUCGCAAGAUAAAGUACUAGAGAUAGCUGACAAGGUGUGCGAAAUAGUAAAGAAGAUACGAGAAGACUCUAGUAAUGUUACGAAGGAGACAAACUUUGAUGAUUGUCUUGAUGAAACAAAAAUGUUGGAGAUCUACGACGCCAUUGAGGAGCAAUUUGGGAUUAGUUUUAAUGACUACCAUCUUGACAAAGUUGUCACACUUUAUGAUAUUGCAAAACUUAUUGAAGACCCGAGCAAAUAUCGUCGUAAUCGAAAGCAGAGAAUAAUGGGUGAAGGUUUGAAAAUGGGAGAAGCACGUGGUUUUCAAAUUACAGCUGCCAGAAGAAAAUCGAAGAAGGCAGCUCCUGCAAAAAAUGAUGCGGGAAGUAGGUCUAUCUCUUUCGAAUAAUAUUUUAGAAUUGUGAAAUUCAGUCUUUUAAUAUGUCAGUCAAUUUCUUAUCAUCAUAUUUUAAAUAUUUGAAAUGUUUCUGUAAUUUUCUUACAGUUUGCUUCCCAUCAUCAAUAAAUUGUAUUUCUUUUUGUAAUAA